AUGGGCGCAUCUGAGCCGCCAUGCGGGACGAAGCCCAACUCGUUCACCAUGCCCUACUGCUCCUCCCAGCAAAAUCUUCACCUGCCACAGCAGGAUGCUGCGCUUUGCACUGAACCAGGACUGGGCUUUCCCUACUACAACGGCACUGAGCAGGCGGCGGCAUUCGAUGGGGAGGAGCUAGAGCUCUGCUUCGGCCGGGCUUCCAAGGCUACCAAGGUUGACUACCUCAGCUCGCCUUGCCAAAACUUGUGGCCACUGGCUCGUGCCGACGUUGCCGCAGCCACCGCCGAGUCGUCGCGCGCCCGGAAGCAGAGGUUCCGGGACGUUCUUGAGAGCUGCAAGCAGAAGGUCGAGGCCAUGGAGGCCAUGGAGUCCCCGGUGGCGUUCCAGGAAAGCGAGGUGGGGGUUGGGAUGGGGGAUAGUGGUGGUGCUGGUGGCGGGGGAGGUGGCGGCGCUGAUGGCAUGCGGCUGGUACAACUGCUGGUCGCUUGCGCCGAGGCCGUGGCGUGCCGCGACCGCGCUCAGGCCGCGGCGCUGCUGCGGGAGCUGCAGUCCGGCGCGCCCGUGCACGGCACGGCGUUCCAGCGCGUGGCGUCGUGCUUCGUGCAGGGCCUGGCGGACCGGCUGGCGCUUGCGCACCCGCCGGCGCUGGGGCCGGCGAGCAUGGCGUUCUGCAUCCCGCCGUCGUGCGGGCGGCGCGAUGGCGCGCGCGGCGAGGCGCUCGCGCUGGCCUACGAGCUGUGCCCGUACCUGCGGUUCGCGCACUUCGUGGCGAACGCCUCCAUCUUGGAAACCUUUGAGGGAGAGAGCAAUGUCCACGUGGUGGACCUGGGCAUGACGCUGAGCCUCGACCACGGCCACCAGUGGCGCGGCCUCCUCGACGGCCUCGCCGCCCGCGCGGGAGCCAAGCCGGCUCGCGUGCGCGUCACCGGCGUCGGCGCUCCCAUGGACACCAUGAGAGCCAUCGGCCGUGAGCUGGAGGCGUACGCGGAGGGGCUCGGGAUGCGCCUCGAGUUCAGGGCCAUCGACCGUAGCCUCGAGAGCCUUCACACUGACGACCUCGGCAUUGGCGCCGACGAGGCCGUGGCCAUCAACAGCAUCCUUGAGCUCCACUGUGUGGUGAAGGAGAGCCGCGGGGCGCUCAACUCGGUGCUCCAGACCAUCCGCAAGCUGUCCCCCAAGGCAUUCGUGCUCGUGGAGCAGGACGCUGGUCACAACGGGCCCUUCUUCCUGGGCCGGUUCAUGGAAGCGCUCCACUACUACGCCGCGGUGUUCGACGCGCUGGACGCGGAGCUCCCGCGCUACGACGCGCGCCGCGCGCGCGUGGAGCAGUUCCACUUCGGCGCGGAGAUCCGUAACGUGGUCGGGUGCGAGGGCGCAGCGCGCGUGGAGCGGCACGAGCGCGCGGACCAGUGGCGGCGCCGCAUGAGCCGCGCGGGGUUCCAGUCCGUGCCGAUCAGGAUGGCGGCCAAGGCGCGGGAGUGGCUGCAGGAGAACGCCGGCGGCGGCGGGUAUACGGUGGCCGAGGAGAAGGGUUGCCUCGUCCUCGGCUGGAAGGGCAAGCCCAUCAUCGCCGCGUCCUACUGGAAGUGCUAG